AUCGGCGAUUCUGUGAUUGAUUGCGACGCCUGGAGUUUCACAGUUGCCACUAUCAUCAGCUCGGCGAUCGAUUCAUUUCAGUUCCACAAAAGAUGGCGGACCGAACGCCUGGUGGCUCUCAGAAAGCUAGCGCUAAGGCGCUGCUUGAGAGCAAACUGAAGUCUUUCAGCAUUGGCAAGAUGGCAGUGGCAAAGAGAACCCUCAGCAAAAAGGAACAAGAUGAAAUAAAGAAAAAAGAAGAUGAACGAGCGGCAGCUGAAAUUUAUGAGGAGUUUCUUGCUGCUUUUGAAGGAGGAGGGGAGGGAAAAGUCAAAGCUUUUGUCCGUGGUGGCAUUGCAAAUGCAACGAAAGAGGAAGCGGCUGCUGAUGACAAGAGAGGAAAGUUGUACAAGCCUAAGUCACGUUUUGAGACCCAACCAAAAAGCAUCCUGCCUUUGGAAACCCCGCCACAAUUUUUAGCAUUUGACAAACGGCAUGGCUUAAAGAAGACCAGUGAAAAGGAAAAGAAGAAGAGUAAUUUGGAGCUCUUCAAAGAAGAACUUAAACAAAUACAGGAAGAGAGAGAUGAAAGACACAAGAUGAAAGGACGUGUUAGUCGCUUCGAACCGCUCUCUGGGACAGAUGGAAGACGCUCCUCGGAUGGUUCUUCACGAAGAAACCGUCCGUCCAGUGUUUUGGAUGACUGUGCACCAGGUUCCCAUGACGUUGGAGAUCCAUCCACUACUAACUUGUACCUUGGAAACAUCAAUCCACAGAUGAACGAAGAGAUGCUGUGCCAAGAGUUUGGCCGGUAUGGCCCGCUGGCAAGUGUGAAAAUCAUGUGGCCGAGGACAGAUGAGGAAAGGGCUCGGGAGAGGAACUGUGGCUUUGUGGCUUUCAUGAACAGGAGGGAUGCAGAGCGAGCACUCAAAAACUUAAAUGGAAAGAUGAUAAUGAACUUUGAGAUGAAAUUAGGAUGGGGAAAAGGUGUGCCCAUUCCACCCCAUCCCAUCUAUAUCCCUCCUUCUAUGAUGGAACAUACACUCCCCCCGCCUCCCUCUGGCCUCCCAUUCAACGCACAGCCCCGAGAGAGGCUAAAGAACCCCAAUGCUCCUCUGCUUCCUCCACCUAAAAACAAGGAGGAGUUCGACAAGGUAAUUCAAUACGUCAGCCUAGGAUUUUCUCAUGGGAUAUGGCAAUGUUUUGUUAAUUGUGGUGGUAUGAUGUUAGUCAUAAUAAGCAAGUCAGUACAGGAUUUAGAUUUUGAAUUAGUUGUUGUGUGUAAGAAAGUGUCAUUAUCAAAUGUCAAUGUGUGCAAAAUGCUCAGUGUUACAAAGAGGUGUUACUAUGGUAAAGUAUCAGGGUUGUUUGGCCUCUAGUAAAACUGACAGCAGGAAAGGAAAGUUAUUGUCUUUUUGCACUUUUUAAAUGCAUUUUUUAUAUUUUUCACCUGUUGCCUUUGUAACAAUACUCACAUUCUAUGUUUAUUAUCUGAUGUGACUUCAUAUACAGACUCUGUCGCAAGCCAUAGUCAAAGUGGUUAUCCCAACAGAAAGGUACAUGUUUUUCUUUUUUUUUUUU